AUGUACCCUUCUUUUGUAAGUGAGUUGUCACGCACACCUGGUGAUGUCGUCAUUGAGCCCUAUUCCUUCCUCGAGCACCUUAAGGAGGGGACGAAAUAUGAGAUGAUUGUGUUUCCCGAUGCCUUUGAGAUUCCACAGGGAAGUUGGGCUGCGUACAGAAGUGCUCAAAGGAAAGGGCAGGAGGAAGUUGUAGAGCCAUCUGGCGGUGAGGGUCCGUUGAUAACCCCGCCGCACGCGGGGUGUAGUUCCGGGUUCCCGCUCACAAGAACGAAGCAAAGCCGACUGUGGAAUAGUGUCGACAGGAGGAUUAGUUUACAAAGAAAGGCUGGACAAAUGCUUGUGCAGUUCGGUAAGAGCUUUGCAGGCAAUUCGGAAAUUUUAGCGCAGCAUCCUUCGAGAGAGAGGCGGAGGCGAGAGGAGGUGUGGAGCAUCAUCAGUGCCAAACGAUUGGCAUCUGACAUGCCCACGCUAAUGCGGCAUGCAGAACACCGUAUGCAGUGUUUAGAUAGACUGCGCGAUCGGAAGGAGCAGCGGUGGGAGUUGGAGCGGGCCGCAGGGACCGGUUGUCAGCCAGCCUCAGCCAGGUUUCCCUUGCCAGAUUUAAAAAGAAAGGUUUGCGUCCUCAGCGCAAGUGGUUCCAGCGACAGGGAAGGGUGGGAAGCCAGGGAAGGUCAGACUUCCGGGCGCUGGCACGACAGCGCCUCUAUUGUUUCAUCUGCUCUUGUGAAAUGA